ACCAGGGAACUUAACCCACGCCUCCCUCCCUGCUGUCUUGGACUCCCGGCCGCGCCCCGCAUGCCCUCCCACGCCACAGCACGCGCGUCCGGCCGCUCUCUCGCCUCUGCCCGCGCGUCCGGCCAUCGCCUGCGCGCCCCCGCCUUCUCCCUUGCGCCCGCCCGGAGCCGGCGCCCUCGCUCCGUCGCGCCCGCCCGCCAGCGGCGCCCCCGGCCACGCACGGUUCCCUCGUCUGGAGCAAGCUGCCUCGGCGUCGGUGGUAGCGGAGGACGAGCCGGAGACGUCGGCGGCAGGCUAACGGCGUGCGGCCGAUCGAGGGGGAAUUUCCCCAAAAAGGAAGAAGCUAGAUCUGUUGGCCUUCUCCGAAUCAAAAGGUUGGCAAAUUUUCUUAGUUGUUGUUGCGGGUCUACCGGCACCGCGUCGCCUCGCCUCUGCACCAACCCAUCAGGGCGCCGCUAGCCUGACUUAGAUUUGCAUUAGUGGUUCACUUGUGCUUGGACUUAGAAUAGUUGGUUAACUUGGUGAUGCACUUAGAUUGUUUGGUUCACUUGGUGAUACACUUAUUGCACUUUUGCUUAUAUGUGAUAUGUAUGAUAAAUGUGAUAUAUGUGUGAUAAAUAUGAUAUGUGUGUGAUAUUUGUGAUAUAUGUGUGUUGUACAGACUAUUUUGAUUCAUUGGAAUGCAAAAAACAAAAAAAAAGACCUGGAAA